UGUAAGAAAGUUAUUGAAAUAUCAAUAAUUAUGAUAUAAUACGUUUACUCGAUGCAUUUGGAGAAAGCAUACGAUAUGGGAAAUUACGCCAUCUUACAGAAUGAGUACGUUCCGGUGAUAAUGAAAAACAAACCUCGAUGGAUGUGCUGCGCGAUGGUUGCCACAGGACUGUUGAUGUUGAUGUUGUUCUCCGUCGCUGUAGGAGUGAUCAUUGCCUACGUUCAUUGCUACAUAGAACAUCGAAGUGGUAAACGUACACAAGAAUUAAAUUUGCAGAUAACACGUACGGGGACCCAGCAAAUGAAUGGAACGCAGUCAGCCAUGGACGAGGCUUUGACAUCAAACCUAUUCUUCGCGAAGAUCAUCGACCUAGGGCGGGCUAUCAUCGAAGACGGGCACAACUAUAUUUACUCCUACAAAACGAAAACAUCAAACAUAACAGAAGACAUUAAAGUUUUUCAGUAAAUUAAGA